AUGACCAUCAACACUCUGGCUAAAGCAGGCUGGCAGCGCGAACAAAUGACAGGUUUUCAAAAGAUGGAGAAAGUGAUAGUCGCCAUGCAGGAUCCUGACAUGGGCAUGAAGAUGAGGAAUCAAAGGCUUUUAAUCACUGUUAUACCACACGCCAUGACGGGCAGAGAUAUCAUUGAGUGGUUGAUGCAGAAGUAUAGCAUCAAUGAAGAAGAGUCGUUGCAUCUCGGUGGAAUGCUUGUCAAAUACGGUUAUAUCUAUCCUCUGAAGGAGCCCAGAUGUCUUGUGCUCAGGCCUGAUGAGUCGCCCUAUCGCUUCCAGACCCCGUAUUUCUGGACAAGCACUCGGUGGCCAGCCUCUGAACUAGACUAUGCUAUUUUUCUGGCUAAAAAGAACAUACGCAAGCAAGGUGAACUCAUGGAGUAUGAAAAGGAGAGAUACAGCAUUUUGCACAAACGCAUCAACCACACCUGGGACUUUGUUGUGAUGCAAGCUCGAGAACAGCUCCGAGCUUCCAAACAGCGCCGGAAGGCCGAUCGAAUUGUUCUUGAAUGUCAAGAGCAAGCUUACUGGCUCAUUAACAGACCACCGCCUGGGGCGCCUUCUGCACUGGAUAUGGGUCUGGAGAAACCCAACAGCUUCAGCACACGAGUCACACUGAACAGUGACUACUACAAACAUGAGAUAGAAACCUGCAGAAAAGCCUUGACCCGGAACCGUGUAAAGUCCUCCAUCUGUCUAGAGGGGUUUGUCAAGUACAGUGAGCAGUACCAAAACCACGACCCCAUAAUGCAGGGCUGUCUUCCCAGUAACCCCUGGAUUUCCGAUGACACAGCUCUCUGGACCAUGAACGCAGAAUCGGUCCCCAUACCGACGCGCCUUCGAGUGGAGCGCUGGAGCUUCAGUUUUAUGGAGCUGCUCAAUGAUCCCAUGGGGCGAAAAGAGUUCAUGACAUAUCUGGAGAAAGAGUUUAGUGCUGAGAACUUGUGUUUCUGGCAAGCUUGUGAGGAAAUCAGACAUGGAGAAACUUCCAGGAUUGUUGAGAAAGUGGAGGGAGUCUAUAAAAAUUUCCUGGCACCUGGAGCCUCUCGUUGGGUCAACAUCGACAGUAAAACGAUGGACAGCACUCUAGAAGGAAUCAAACACCCACAUCGCUUUGUCAUGGACAAUGCACAGAUGCACAUCUACUUCCUGAUGAAGAAGGAUUCAUACCCAAGAUACCUUAAGUCCGACCUUUAUAAAAACAUGCUGUCCAAGGCUAUUGUUCCCCAGGAGACCAAGAAAAGCGUGUUUCCGUUCAUGAGGCGUCAGCGACACUCGAGCCCCUCCCCCGCGCAGGCCGCUCACUCUGCGGAUGACGGACGCUCCGGUGGCCCCUCCGGGAACUGA